GCGCCUCGUGCAACAGCGAGCACGGGCACUGUCCAUUCCACAAAAGGGGGUAAGUGUUACAGAAAAAAGUAUCAGACUGGGUAUCCUUUCCACCUCUACUCAUUUCCACCAGGUGUAAUCACAGUACGGCAUACGCUAGUAGGAGAUAGACAGAAGGGGGAAAAGGGAAAGAAGAGAGAUUGGCUGCUGAUCAGGCAUCAGCAACCUCAGCGUCGCCUCUCGUUCACUCUUUCGACACCGACGACGACGACGCUCACUCUGCUCUUCUCUGGUCGACGAUCUGCUCUACCCUGUUAUACACUGCUCUCUGCUGGAUGAUUUUGGACUAGACGCUGACAGUUGAUCAACUGUUUAUCUGACAGCACUUUCAACAUUUGCGGCCAAUAAUCUUAUCCAACGUUUCUCAUCAGUUUAUCCAUCAAGAACUACAACGACAGCAAAAGAAGACAAUAACAGGAGUAGCAAAAGAUGUCAGGCCAUCCUUACGCUCACCGUCCACACUCCCACCAACAUCCAUACGCCACCGCCUCCCGUGCCCUCCAACCUCCUCCUCAACCCUCCGAUGCCCGCAGGAGGAGCACUUCUCUCCCACACCACUCCCACCUCGGUCCGCCAUCAGCGCCUCCAAGUAUCCCAUUGCCAGAAGUCCCUUCUCCGAUAGUAGAAGACUGGGCACCUCGCCCUCCCCUUUCCCCACGCAGUGGACCGCAACUUCUAGGCCCAGGCAUCCCACCCUUAUCUCAGAGUCGUUCUCUCCCCGCUACCGCAGGUGCCGAAAGCCGUUUCCCAGCGCUCCUCGAAGCACACCAAGAACGCACGAGCACCGAUUCCGCCGCCUCCGGGCUGUCGGACGUCCACUCCCACGCCUAUUCCUCUUCUCUCAGCAGGCCGAACAGCCGCGCGAGCGGGACGCUGCAGAGCGUAAGCAGUAUGCGGCGGUAUUCCUCUACCGGCGGGUGGAGGGGCGACAGCGCAGGGGAGGGGAAGCGAGAACGCGCGCUGACGGUCGAGGAAGGGUACGACAGCCUCAUUCCCCCUCUGGCGAUGGAUACUUCCACACCGUCGGAACGCGAACGGCAGAAGGCGCUCGACCGACGCGGGAGGGGGAAACUCAUGUCCUUCAUGGGGAUGAACACGCACGCGUACUCAUCUUCAAACCCUAGUAACACUACCCCUCCUCCCCAGGGAGGGGGAGGGUGGACAGGCCCCCCCAGCCCGAAGCCCGUACGCACCUCGCCCUCGCUCCCCCAUUUCCCGCAUGCGCUUGAAGGCGACCCUGUAACCGUUCGGCGGAAGAUGAGCGCACCGCGGGUGGAUACGUCUAUAAUGGGGAGGGAGAGUUUGAGCUUGCGUCGCAGGCCGAGCUUGGGCUUGGGAAGGGAAGUGGGCAUCUCACCCGUAGAAGAAGGGAGAGCGAGGAGUAAUUCCAAGACUCUCUCGGGAAGGGACACCCCGACGCCGUCCUCGCUCUCCAAGCUCCUCCCUUCCCCUUUCCCCCUGCCGCCCUCGCCUAAUUCCGGCACGCCAGAUCACCCGUUUCACAUCGCCGUUUUCGGACCGGAGGGGAGCGGGAAGACGACGUUCGUCCUGGGGGGCAUGGAGGGUUGGCCGGGAGUUAGGAGAGUAGGGGAGGUCGAGGAUCGGGAUGGGAAACUUUUGUACCAAUAUCGCACCUCCAGAAUCCGCAUGUCCGCCCCUGACCCUGGCCCAGCCCCGGAGAUGCACUACCGGAUACUGGAGAUCGAUUCCACGCUCAUAGAUUGGGAGGGGGACGAGCGUGAUUGGCCAGGCUGGAUGCCGUAUGUUGACGGGGCGUUCGUGUUGUUUGAUGCGACCGGCAGGAGGACGGCGUGGGUGUCUUCUGCUGUUGACCUGAUAAGAGAUCUCAACCUCCCCUGCAUAGUCGUCGCGACGAAAACGGAUCUGCCCCAAGCGCUACCGACUACAACGCUCGACCAGCGCACGCGGACUCGGGACGUCGGCCUGGUACCGUCGAGCAGCGAUACGGCGCACAAGAAUCGGAUUGCACCUAAACAUUGUUUUAGGUAUAUGUGUAAGGUCGUUACUGGUGGGGAGAUUCAUGGCCGUGCCCAGGUCAUGACGCCUGUAUUGACCACGCCUGUCACUCCUAUAAUAAUGACGCUCCCGAGCCGUCCUCCCAGCCCUGCUAAGCCUGCACCCGCCAUGCUCGCGGUGCAGAGCAACGCACAGCAGAUCGACCGCAUGGGUACGCCUACACCUACCACGUUGCCUGUCCCUCUUACUCCUGUGGUCUCGGUACCUGAAGAGGAGGACACGACAGUGACGAUCCACCCCGAGCCGGCGCCUGUGAAACAGAGACCAAGAUCCCAGUCGGUGACGACGUAUGCACCGCAGCUGAGGUCAAGCUAUAUCGCGAGCUUGUCGACGAACAACCUUUUGGAUUUGGAUAAGGAGGUGCAGGCUGCGGAGGAAAGGGAACAGCAGUUGCAGGAUGAGAAGAGGGAGGAAGGGGCUGACGCCGAGGGCGUUUCCAAGUUGCCGCCGACCUAUAUGUACUCCACACUGGAGGCGCUUUGCGAGAGGGUGUUCUUCAUGGCCAUCUCUGACUCUGACUUGACAUUCCUGUAUCACUUCUUCUUGACAUACCGCAAAUUCACCACUGCCCGCUUUGUCCUUCGAGAGUGGCAAAAGUACUGGGACUCGCUGAAUGAUCAGAAGAUCAACGAGAACAUGUAUCUUUGGGGAAAGCUGAGGCUCGCACAUCUGAUUCUCGACUGGGUGACGAACUUCCCCCAAGACUUUUCGCAAGAUGUCCCCUAUCGAGCACUCCGAGCUACGCACAAGGUUAUUGCUGAAGAAGACAAUACCUUGUUCCAUGCGACCCAGCUCAAGCUCCUGAUCAACAAGAUUAAUCGUUCGGAUGAUCCAGAUCGGGCUUGGGAGGUCGACUCUGACGAGGAUUCUGUGGAAGAGAAUGAUCGGCUUAUACCCCGAACCAACAGCCAGCGGAAGCUUACUCCCACGAGCACACCGCGUGGAAGCAACUAUGUGCUCUCCCCAUCUUACAGCUCCGAUCUGUCCUCCCUCUCUACAGGUCGAUCACGAGUCGCCGUAAGGAAGAAGCCGAGCAUGACACCUGGUGCUUUCGAGCGUCGACAGAUCUCAGACGACAGGCAGCUUUUAAAGGACCUGUCCAAGAUGGCUGGUAACGUUGAGCGAUUGACGCCCGCUCAGAUUGCCAGGGAGCUAACAAGGCUUGAGCUUCCCCUGUUCCUGGAUAUUGAGCCUCGAGAGUGGGCCCGCCAUCUCUGGACACCGGCCAAGGAAAGGUCCUAUCCUGAUCCGAUUGAUUGCAUGGCUGUGCAUUUCAUGAGGGUGCAGACUUGGGUCGCAUCUCUGAUCCUCGCCCGGGAGGGUCAAACAGCAAGAUCAUCUCUCAUUUCCAAGUUCUGCCUGGUUGGGCACGAGCUGCGAAAGCUGAACAACUUCAACAGUUUGCGAGCUGUUCAUGUGGGCAUCAAAGAUGCCCUACCAAAUGCUCCCGAUAUCCUACACUCCUAUCUCAACAAUCAGCAAAUCUGGAACAUGUUCCACUAUCAUGAUCUGCUCUUCAGCACUGAUCGCAAUCACCUCAUAUAUCACCGGACCCUGUUGCAUACCGCAUUCUUCGCCAUACCGUGCUUCGAGAUUCACACGUCGACACUUGCCAGAAGCGAUCGGAAUCUGGAAUGGCAUCCGGAUCAGCCGAAACUGGUCCACUGGGGCAAAUUUGGGAUCUUCGGCAAGAUCGUCGACCAGGUCACAAAGUUCCAAGAGCGUGUGCCGCCCACGCUGCCCGAGGACGCAGUAACGACCCAGAACUUUCACCAGUGGUUCGUGAAGCAGUCGCUCAUGUCCCGCACCCUCAUGGAAAAACGCCGCGCGCCGGAACACUUUGUUGAUAAGAGCAUGUAUGAAGCUGCCAAAGGGUUCCUGCGCCAACGGGCGCGACUGGAUCAACCGGCAAGCGAAAGCACCGUCACUGCCAGUUCGUACACUUUCCUUUCCUCUUAAGCCUGCCUACGCCUCGCCUGCUGGAGGUUUACCGUAAACAAUUCGGAUUUCGGCCAGCGAAAACUAGCAUGCUCAUCUCUGCCACAGUGGCGCUCCCACCACUACUGUGAGAAGACAGUACACUCGCAUGAAACAACAUUUCACACCCUCUGCUUCGAUUUU